CUGUCGACCGCCUCAACUACUCCUUCCUCAACCGAAGAUAAUGGAUGCCAACUUUGCACGCAUGCUUGAGGGUGCUGCCGGACGCGGCGGCGGCGGUGGAGGUGGUGCGGAGGCCACGGUGCCAGACAAUGGAGAAGUCAUCCACAUAUCCUCACUCGCUCUUCUCAAAAUGUUGAAACACGGUCGUGCGGGAGUGCCUAUGGAAGUCAUGGGUCUCAUGCUCGGCGAAUUCGUCGACGAAUAUACCGUACAAGUUAUCGACGUCUUCGCCAUGCCUCAGUCUGGAACAACGGUAUCUGUCGAGUCCGUGGACCAUGUUUUCCAAAUGAAAAUGGUUGAGAUGUUGAAGCAAACAGGAAGACCUGAGACCGUCGUGGGCUGGUAUCACUCGCAUCCAGGCUUCGGAUGCUGGUUAUCAAGUGUAGAUAUCAACACACAACAGUCUUUCGAAUCUCUAGACCCCCGUUCGGUCGCAGUUGUCGUAGACCCAAUCCAGUCCGUCAAGGGCAAAGUCGUCAUCGAUGCCUUCCGUCUGAUCAAUCCACACAUGCUUCUCUCCGGUCAAGAACCCCGCCAAACGACGUCGAACAUCGGACACAUCAACAAACCCUCUAUUCAAGCGCUCAUCCAUGGCCUGAACAGGCAUUACUAUUCGAUAGCGGUGAACUACAGGAAGACGGAGCUGGAGCAGGCCAUGCUUAUGAACCUGCACAAGAGGAAUUGGACGGAGGGCCUGAAGUUGAAGGACUUCAAGAGCCACAAGGAGAACAAUGAAAAAGCUAUCAAGUCGAUGCUUUCGCUCUCAGAAGCGUACAAUAAAUCUGUACAAGAAGAGUCGACCCUCACACCCGAACAGCUCAAGACGCGACACGUAGGGAAACAGGACCCGAAGCGCCAUUUGGAAGAGGCUGUCGAGAAAGCGAUGGGCGAUCAGGUGGUGCAGAAUCUGGGGACGAUGUUGCUUGCCGAGUUGUAGUACCACUAUCCUCCAAGCAUCGAUUCCAAGAGCUUUCGCUCCAUUAGCCACUAGCCACCAGAUCAACUAACGCAAACUCAUACGGGCGAAACAAUUACUUUCGCGAUAUGACUUGUGCUUUCUGAUCCGGGCUCCUUCACUUCAUUGUGAUCGUUCACUCGGGGCUGGUGGUGUGUUGUGCGUCAGUAGGCUUCGGUGCGGAAGCUGAGUGCGCAGUUGCGGUUGCGGCGGUUGUUCUUUCAUCGUGCAUGAUGUAGUUUGUAUUAUUUCGAUCCAUCUCUCGGUUCUCCUCUUCCAUCCGUUUCCGGAAC